CCAGCCUUCCUGGCUAACGGCAGACUGGGAGCAGCGCGCAUGAGUUAGGGCUGCACUCAAGUUCUCGGCUCCGCCAAGCAGCCGGUUCUCAGUGCGUGAACCUGUCGGCAUCAGUCCUUCAGACAGAUUCUUGCCUUGGGGCCUUGAAUGAAGAAUUUCGUGUCUUCUCACAUCCUAAAACGAAAAAGGACUAGGAUAAAGAGCCAGCGUAAUCAGGGUCACGGCCCGGGGCGGCCCCGGCGCGCCCGGCCAGGGCAGCUCGAAUUAAGGAAAAGUUAUAUUCUUCCUUCUGUAAGCAGCAUCCACUUCUGCAAAACAUUGGUCAUGCAGCCACCACCUCAGGCAGUCCCAUCUGGUGUGGCUGCUCCACCUCCAGCCAGGAAUCCUCAGAGCAUAUUCUGGACUAACAGCCCUUAUAGAAGACGGGCCAAUAACAAUGCACCAGUGGCUCCGAUAACUUGUCCCUUGCAGCCAGUAACAGAUCCGUUUGCUUUUAGUAGACAGGCCCUUCAAAAUAUGCCACUGGGUAGUUCGUCCAAAAUCCCACCCAUCUUGCAAGGCCCAGCAUCCUCGGGGUUUCCUCAGCGCUCUGGUUUGCCUGCGCCUCACACAAAUGCCAGGGAUAGCUCCCAAGGACCUUGUGAACCUCUGCCAAGACCUCUGUCACAGCCCAGAGCAGACGCCAGUUCAUUUUCUGGUGCGUUAACCCCUUCAGCACUGCCCAGAGCUGAGACGAACAGGAGUGCAGAAAUCAAUCCCAGCGCAGAAACCGAAGUUCAGGCUCCACCAUAUUUGCAACACUACAUUCCAGGAGUGGGUCCUGACAUGUCUCAUGGGACGCAUCUGCAUGGGAGCAUGCCUGGGCCUGACCAACCCCUGAGUAGGCAAAACCUAAAUGAUGGUGCAGUAGCCCCAGCAGCGACCCCUUUCUCCCCCCAGCCUCGUCAACAGAUGCCAGGUCAGUGGGGACCAGUGCAGGCAAGCCCACAGCCCUCAUGUCAGAAUCACUCACCUUGUCUGGAAGGACCUGUUCAAAUUGCAGUGCCCCAUGCCACCAGCGUUCCUCAUCCUCCCUCUUCAUCUAGCCCACAUCAAGGCCUUGGUCCGGAGCCACACAACCCAGUAGUGUCUCUUUCAGCACCCUUGGCCAGUGAUGGAAGAAGUGAAGUGGCCCACCUGCAAAGUGGAAGCUACUCAGCAAAUAACUUUGAUCUUGAAAAUACAUUCAGGCAAAACCCCAGAGUUGGAAAUACUUGGACAAGCCAAGAGUUCAGGCAGAGUCCAGGAGUGAAUAAAGAGCACCAGCCAUUCCCCACUUUUGUGAGCCCUUUUGCUCAGGGAGAUAACCCAGAAAACCACAUGCACCAUCCCCCAGGGGCUGCGGCUAGCCUCCUCCUCCCAGAUACAGACUCGGGAGCCCUCUCCAUGUUUUUCCAAGGGGCAGAGACAGAAAAUGAGGAGAAUCUGUCAUCUGAAAACGCAGGCUCUGGUAAAUCAGAUUUUGAAGGUUUCUCCUCUAGUCCUGGACUGGGCCAUGCACCCCUGCCUGCACACGGAGGAGGUGGCAUCUGUCAGGACUUUCUCCAAGGCUCCAACAUUGAGAACACACAGCAGGGUGGAGAAACACACCUUUAUUUUGCUCAGUCUGCAGGCAUUCAGCAUGAUGAACAAACCACUAAAAACACUGCCAGUGAUACGUGGGGUGACACAGCAAAUGCAGGGACUCAGGGUGCUGGUGCCUCACAGUAUGAGAAUAUUGAGAACUUAGAAUUCAUUCAGAAUCAGGAAGUUCUUCCAAGCAAGUCCCUAAAUUUCAACCCUUCCUCUCCAAGUGAUCAGUUCAGAUACGGGGUCCUUCCUGGGCCAGCUCUCCCCAGGCACAGUGUUGUGGGCCACACUGGGGCUCCUGACACAACGCUGCAUCCUGUGAGAUCUGACAGUGUGUCAUCUGGCUAUAGCAGCAAAAGCCACAGGAGCCUUUCAGGCUCAACCAGGCCCCAAGAACUUGUUGGCACGUUUAUUCAGCAAGAAGUUGGAAAACCCGAAGAUGAAGUUUCAGGUAGUUUUUUUAAGCAGAUCGAUUCUUCUCCCAUAGGAGGUGAGACAGAUGAGACCUCCAUGAGCCAGAACCACCAUAGCAGCUUAUCCCAGCCCUCAACUCCAAGUCCCCCCAAACCAACAGGAAUAUUUCAGACAAGUGCAAAUAGUUCUUUUGAACCAGUAAAAUCUCACUUAGUUGGGAUAAAACCAGUCGAGGCAGAUCGUGCCAAUGUGGUGGGUGAAGUGAGGGGAACUCGUGCCUACCAGAAGAAGUGCAGGCCACCUGAUGCUUCCCCUGGCAACCUGGAGCAGCCGCCAGACAACAUGGAGACCCUCUUUGCACCCCAGGUCUGUCCUCUGCCUCUCAAUACCACUGCGGAAGCUGGGCGUGUACUUCCUCACAUUGGAGGGCCACCCUUGGAUACUGUGCACCCAACACCUGAAAGGAAGCCCUCAGCCAGAGCUCAUGGAGCCGGAAAGUGCGAGAGCCCAGCGACAACUCUGUGGGCACAAAAUGAGCUGCCAGAUUUUGGAGGCAAUGUCCUUCUAGCCCCAGCGGCUCCUGUGCUUCAGGUACCUGCAAAACCUCAGCUGCCUGCAAUUGUCCGGCCUCCAGAAGAGGUGGUCCCUGGGCAGCAGUCGCAGAAGCCAGACUCUGCCACUCCCCUGCAGAACCGAGAUGGCAUUGGUGCUUUGGAGAACCUUGAGAACCCUCCCACCGUGGGAGAAGAGGAGGUCCUGCAGUCGCAGGCAAGUUCUGGUCAUGCUGGGGUGUUACCCUUGCUACCCACUGAGCCUUUGCAACAUCAGCCAGUCUCCAUGGCCCAGCUUGAUCAGAGCUAUAACUUGGCUCAGCCCAUUAAUUUUUCUAUGUCCUUACUGAAUCUUAAUGGGAAGAAUCAGUCCUGGAGAGAUACUUUGGUGGGGGAUAAAUCUCCAAUAAGCAGUAGGGUGCUCAGUGGUGAUUCUGGGGAAAAUGCUUCUUUGUCUGGGAUUCCAACCAGCUCUGUCCUUAGCUUGUCUCUGCCUAGCAGUCUUGCCCAGAGUAAUAUUGCACAAGGUUCUGGUACUUCUGAAAUGGUUUCUAAUCAGCCUGCAAAUUUGCUGAUUCAGCCACCAUCCCAUCCACUUUCAAAGAACUUGGUUCUAGAAAGUCAAAAGAAUCAUAAUGCAGAAAAUGUUCCUCCCGAGUUUAAUAGCUCUGACGGAAGCAUGAGUAUGAUGUUAGUUCCACCUGCAAACAGUACCUUGAUACCUGAGAGUAAUAAGGCAAAUUGCUCCAGUAAUUGGGAAGAACCUUAUGGAGCCUUAGACUUUACAUUAACUAGGACUUUGGAAAAUCCUGUAAGAAUGUGUAGCCCGUCCUGUUCUGACAGCCUGGCUUCUCAGCACAAUCUUGCCAAACAUCCUGGACAGUCUGGGCCUGGGCCACAUAACCCAGACCAUUUCUACCAACAGGUAACAAAAGAUGCACAGGACCAGCCUGGCCUGGGAAGCGGCCUGCCGGGGCUGUUGCCUCCUCAGCAGCAGAAUUCUUCCCUGCAAGUCCCCAAGACAGCACUUGCAGAACCUUCCAGCCCAGAGAGUCCACCAGCACAAGGACAGCCCCAAAACUCAACCCACCCGCCAGCAAGCCUGGCUCCAGCUGACGUAGGCCAGCAGCUGCCACCUCAGCUGCCUCAGUCCUCCAGUGCAUCACUGAUGUCCACUGGCUCAAGCCAGGUAGCUAAGCAGUCAGAGCCACAGUGGCCACAGCUCAUGCCUCCACAAGCACUGGGCCCACUGCCACAGGACAUGGCCGCCUACUACCAUUACAGACCCCUGCAUGAGGCCUACCAGUCUCAGUACCCCUCGCUGUACCCACCAGAUCCGGGGGUGGCCUCCCUCUAUUACCAGGACAUCUAUGGCCUCUACGAGCCUCGGUACAGGCCCUACGACAGUGCCACAUCUGUGUACGCAGAGUACUUCCGUUGCCCCGAGCCUGAGAGGCCCAGCUCCCGAGCAAGUCACUGCUCAGAUCGGCCACCUCCCAGGCAAGGGUAUCCUGAAGGAUACUAUAAUUCCAAAAAUGGAUGGAGCAGUCAGAGUGAUUUCUAUGCAAAUUACUACUCCAGCCAGUACGAUUACAGAGAUCCAGGUCGCUGGGAUCGUUUCCACUACAGCACUAGGUUCAAGGACCCCCGCCCCUGUGACCGGAGGUACUGGUAUGACGUGGAAUAUGACCCAUAUAGGAAAGAACACUAUGCCUACGGAGACAGGCCCGAGAAAUAUGACGACCACUGGAGGUAUGACCCACGCUUCACCGGGAGUUUUGAUGAUGACCCAGAACCCCACAGAGAUCCUUAUGGGGAGGAGGUAGACAGGCACAGCGUCCACAGCGAGCACUCUGCCCGGAGCCUGCCCAGCCGCCACAGCAGCCUCAGCUCCCACUCGCACCAGAGUCAGAUUUACAGAAGUCACAAUGCAACUGCCAGUUCCUACGAGGCCCCCCCUCCUCCAGGCUCCUUGCAUGGGGAUUAUGUCUACGGUGCCUACGGCGGCAAUUUCCACAGUGCCCAGGGCUUCCCAGAGUAUGGUUACCCCACAGACAGCAGCUGGUCUGCUGUGGAGCAAGUUCCAUCAAGACCAACUUCUCCUGAGAAGUUUUCAGUGCCUCAUAUCUGUGCCAGGUUUGGUCCUGGCGGCCAGCUCAUUAAAGUGAUUCCGAACCUCCCUUCGGAAGGACAGCCUGCGCUGGUGGAGGUUCACAGCAUGGAGACUUUGCUGCAGCACACGGCCGAGCAGGAGGAGAUGCGGGCAUUCCCGGGGCCUCUCGGCAAAGGUGACACCCAUAAAGUGGAUGUCAUUAACUUUGCACAGAACAAGGCUACAAAAUGUUUGCAGGAUGAAAAUUUAAUUGACAGAGAGUCUGCAAGUCUUCUGUGGAAUUUCAUCGUUCUCUUGUGCAGACAGAAUGGGACCGUGGUGGGAACCGACAUUGCGGAGCUUUUGUUACGAGACCACAGAACAGUGUGGCUUCCUGGGAAGUCCCCCAAUGAAGCGAACCUGAUUGAUUUCACUAAUGAGGCUGUGGACCAAGUGGAAGAGGAAGAAGCUGGUGAGGCGCAGCUCUCCUUCCUCACGGAUAGCCAGCCUGCCGCAGCCAGCACGCUGGAGAGGGAGACGGAGCGAUUCAGAGAGCUGCUGCUCUAUGGCCGUAAGAAGGAUGCCUUAGAGUCUGCGAUGAAGAAUGGCUUAUGGGGUCAUGCUCUAUUACUUGCAAGUAAGAUGGACAGCCGGACACAUGCCCGAGUAAUGACCAGGUUUGCCAACAGUCUUCCGAUCAAUGACCCUCUACAGACCGUCUAUCAGCUCAUGUCUGGGCGGAUGCCCGCUGCGUCCAUGUGUUGUGGAGACGAGAAGUGGGGAGAUUGGAGGCCACACCUUGCUAUGGUCUUGUCCAACUUGAACAACAAUGUAGACGUAGAGUGCAGGACCAUGGCCACGAUGGGCGAUACUCUGGCUUCGAAAGGUCUCCUCGACGCUGCUCACUUUUGCUACCUUAUGGCCCAGGUUGGAUUUGGGUUUUAUACAAAGAAAUCUACAAAACUUGUCUUAAUUGGAUCGAAUCACAGUUUGCCGUUUUCAAAGUUUGCCACCAAUGAAGCAAUUCAGAGGACGGAAGCCUAUGAGUAUGCACAGUCUCUGGGGGCCCAGACGUGCCCCCUGCCCAGUUUCCAGGUGUUUAAAUUCAUCUAUUUGUGCCGCCUGGCUGAGGUGGGUCUGGCCACACAAGCCUUUCAUUACUGUGAAGUGAUUGCUAAGAGCAUCCUGACGCAGCCCCACCGGUACUCUGCAGUGCUGAUCAGCCAGCUGAUUCAGGUAGCAUCCCAGUUACGACUGUUCGAUCCUCAGCUAAAAGAGAAGCCAGAAGAGGAAUCCUUUGUUGAGCCUACAUGGCUGGUUCACCUGCAGCACAUGGAGAAGCAGAUCAAGGAGGGGGCUGUGGUCUGGAGUCAAGAUGGAGCCUUCGCCCAGCAGUGUCCCAGCACACCCAGCUCCGAGGGGGGACAGCUGGAUGGUCCAGGACUUGGUCAGCCGGUGGAUCUGGAGCCUGAUAACCUGCUGCUGGAGGUGCCUGUGCCGAGCACCGAGCACCUGAGCCAGGGUGUGCAGCUACUGCCUUCCGCUCCACAGAUGCUCACCAAUGCUCAGCUGGCCAACCCUGCCAGGGUACCAGUGUUCCCAGUGCCACCGCCCCCAGGCCCUCUUGAGUCCAGUCCUGGCUAUGGACCCCCAGGGUCUGCACCUGGCUUCCCAGAGCCCUCCAGAGCCUUCCAGAGCCCUCCAGCUGAUCCUGCAGCUCUGUACCCAGGGCCUGGCCUGCCACCUGGCACCCCCUCUCUCCAGGAAAGCAGACUCCUCCAGGAGGCCAGGAGUGCUGACCCAGGGAUGCUGCCACAGGAGGCUCCUGUCCGAAACUCACUUCCGGAGCCCAGUGAAGAGGACUUGGGUGGAAAUUUUGCUAAUCUGGGUCCCUCGAGAACAGUGCCAGAUGCAGAGACCCCCACGGGAUGGGAUCCUGCUAACUUGGGUUCCACUCAGCCGCCUCUUUCUGUGACACCUGCUCCUGAAAUGAAGCGGCCUGGACAGGCUGUUAAAAAAGAAGUCAAAGAACCUAAGAAGAGUGAAUCCUGGUUCUCUCGUUGGCUACCUGGGAAAAAAAGGACAGAAGCUUAUUUGCCAGAUGACAAGAACAAAUCGAUUGUUUGGGAUGAAAAGAAAAACCAAUGGGUGAAUUUAAAUGAACCAGAAGAGGAGAAGAAGGCUCCACCCCCACCUCCAACCUCGUUUCCUGCGGUGGUGCAAGCUGCCCCCUCGGGCCCUGCAGGGGUGAACAUGUUCUCUAGGAGAGCAGCCGGAACGAGAGCCCGCUACGUUGAUGUUUUGAACCCACGUGGGACCCAGAGGAAUGAACCAGCUCUUGCCCCUGCAGAUUUCUUUGCUCCACUGGCCCCGCUACCUAUUCCUCCUAACUUUGUACCAAACCCAGAUGCGGAAGAAACACAGCUUGCAGACGGGGCUGGCAGGGAAGGACAGACACCAGCUCGGGGCCAGGCCCCCCCAGAGCAGGUGUUGAGUUCUGCAGCGUCGCACCCAGGCUCUGAGCUUCCACCCUCCCAGCCAGACUGUCCUCGGGGCGGGCUUUCACGCUGUAGUUCAAUGAGUUCGUUAUCCAGGGAAGUAAGCCAGCACUUUAAUCAGGCUCCCGGUGACCUGCCUGCUGCAGGGGGCCCUCCUGGGGGCACCGUGCCCUUCUACAACCCUGCUCAGUUGGCACAGGUUUUUUAAAUUAUUCUUUGUUUCUCAGUAGCUCCUUGACAGAAAGGUGCAAAGGCCUCCACUACCUCUGGGAGCUCACGACCAGGAAGGAUUGGCCAGAGGAAAUACCCAAUGCUGAACUAGAAAUGUCCCUAUGUAGGAUUUGCAUCUGGAACCCUGAGAUGACUGUUGUCUACCAAGAACCUGACUGCACACCAGACAGAGCAGUAACUCAGAGUUGGUCAUGCUUUGCACCUCCUUCCCACCUGUCUCUAUGAAUUAUUUCAGAAAUUAAUUCCAUAACUCCUUUCAGAUGCUGGAUGAAAAGAAUGAAUCUUUGACUCAUCUUUUACCCAAAAUGAUGCUUUCUUACAUUAUUUCAGGUGAUUUAAGGAUAUAAUAUUCUCAGUCAAACAAGAAUAUUCUAUUCCAUUGAGUGAAUAUAGAAUUCUUCACUGCAGGAGGGCAUUGUUCAUCAAUAACUUGGGGCCUCUCUCAAAACCCAACCGUGAACUAUUGCCCAGGUAAUCCCAAAGCUUCUUUAAGAUGUUGGGAGAAAAGAGCAGAUGUUUGACUUGAGAGGGAGAUACUGCCACCUGCUCUGCAGCCAGAGACAGCUCUUCCCUAACUGUUUCUGAGCCUGGAAGAGUGACUAAAAUAGAAGCCUCGUUCUCAGGCAGAAUCUUAGCAGAGGGAGCAUUUGUUUGGCAGUGGUUCAGAGUUGCUUUUUGAGAGAGGCUCUGGGCACUGAAAUGAAUCUCUCCUGUAGCCUAAUUAGAACCAUGGGUGUUUUCAUGCACCUGAAGGACAGCGCUGCCACCCCCACAACAUCCAUAGUUUGGUGGUUGUCAUGGUUGAGGACCUGGAGUGGCACACUCUGAAGGGGCUGCGCUUUCUCAAGAAUGGUUUCUACAGUGCUGGCCAGCUGACCUGCUUUCUCUCCCCUGGGUGUCAUCAUUUGAGGAUUGGUGAUAUGAUAAAAAGAGUGGCUUGAACAGUUCUUGCUGCAGCUCUGGGGCCAGAUGCUUCUGGGUCUGCGUGUGCAGCCAUUCCUGUACCAGCUUGGCCACGUGGACCUGCAAGACCCUCUCAGUGGGCACUGAGCUUUAAGGCAUCAUUGACUGUUAUGAAAACUCUUUGUACGCUUGUCAAAUCUAAAGAGACUGAAGAAAAAAGAUUUAAAUAUUUAUAAAAAUCAAUAGGUAAUAAUUUCUGUAGCUUCUCCUGGGGGAACAUAAGCAGUUUGGUAUUUUAAGUAUAGAAAUUGUAGAAUGUGGAUUUAGCUCAGGCCCUUCCCGGUUUUCUGUUCUACUUAAUCAUCUAGGAAGAACCCAGAGCAUCUUUUAGGACGCCUCACAGAUGCAUCUGACCAGAUCCAUUAGUUCGUGGCACUUUGAGAAAGGCCUGUCCCUGUGCCUGGGCAGCCCUGUGCCCCUUUGUCAACUCGUGUGGUUUCGGGACCUCCUUCAGUCCAGUGUUACCCACUGUUCUCUGGCAGACUGUCCAUGACUUUUGAUUCAGGAAGCUUCCUCCAGGCGGGAGCUGCUAUUUUUCCUAAAUGAAAAUUACAUUGCAAAUUGUUGAAUAAAAAUAUUUUGCGGGCUCAA